GCUUCCAGGUGGUAACUAUUUUCAUCAGCGGUAGAUCUUUACCUCCUCUUAAAAGAUGACUGCUCAUCUUCCAAGAGCAGCACAUUCAAACAUUACCUCGUGUAAAACUAUCACCCAGACACACCACAUACGCCAGCAGCCAAGCAGCCAGUUAAUGUGAGGGUGCUGUUCGAAACUCCCUCCCUCCAGCUAGAAAAUGUACAGCCCUGAAACCCAGUUCGCAGUUAAACCUGGGCCAAGUCUCAGUGAAGGACCGCUCAUCCUGAAGUCCCGAAUUAUGAAACGCCAUCCCUUUAACAAACGUGACCGAAAUGCGAUGAUUGAAUUUGCACCAGAGGGACAAGAUCCGGUGCACUGUCAUGGACUAGAGGCUACAAAGCACACUAAGCACUAGCCACAGCUUGGUAGGACAAAAUAUGAAAACAAUCAAAUAACACGCCUUCGUUUGCGGACUGCUGAUAAUGAGAAGUUGGUUUCUACUUCUCAGUACUAACGGAGGGAACCUUAACAGGAUUGCACUUGUUUGCAUCGCUUUCAACCCUUGGCAGCUCUCACUGCAGCACUUUCUUUUAAUAUUAUUUUUAUUUUGAAGACCUUCAAGCCAGUGAUAUAUUUGCAAUCGAAGAAGAGCAUGACCCGUCACCCAACAUACACUCUAUCCCGGGAAGUCCCUUAGCAUACGUUAUUGUUUUACAACGGAUGGCAGGCACAUUUGACUGCUGGAAGUAAUGUAUUUUAUUACUAUUCCGAGUUUUUGUAGCAGCACUCAGAGCAAGUAAACAAACUUGUUUCACACGUCCUGUGAAGGACGUUCAAAAACAAAUCUUGUAAUCCCACCACCUUCACCUUCACGGUUCUUAACAGCGUUGUCCCAGUUUGAUAAUGGCAGCCCGCUGCACAUGCUAAAGUCUUACCUACUGGGAGCUGUGAUUCUCAAUUCCGGCUUUUGGGGAUAUACAAUGCAUUUCAGGCGUAGUUUUCGGUUUCUACAAUUAUUCUGAAUGUUUUUUUUUCGGGGUUGUAAUUGGAGAAGACCGAUUUGAACCAGGAACAAGCUAGAAAUGACCACCGAAGUGUAUACCAUAAGCCUUCUGGACAGAAGUGCCAACUUCUCCGGCAAUAGCACAGGUCCUAGCCUUUCGGGAUCCACGUCUAUGGAGGACCUUAUAGUAACAUGCUCAAUUGGCACAAUUUUAUCGUUCAUGUGUGUAAUAGGGGUGACUGGAAACGUUUAUACUUUAAUGGUAAUGUUCCAUUCCAUGAGGUCAGCUGCGUCUAUGUAUAUCUACAUAAUUAACCUUGCGCUGGCUGAUUUGCUUUACCUUCUCACCAUCCCUUUUAUUGUGUGCACUUACUUUAUCCAAGGCUGGUAUUUUGGAGACCUUGGAUGUAGGUUAUUAUUCAGCUUAGACUUUUUGACAAUGCAUGCAAGUAUAUUCACCUUGACUGUUAUGAGCACAGAACGUUAUUUUGCAGUACUUAAACCUCUGGACACUGUUAAGCGUUCCAAAAGCUACAGGAAAGCAGUUGCUGUGCUAAUAUGGGUUGCUUCUCUGCUGCUUACUUUACCUAUGCUAAUCAUGAUUCAGUUGGUAAAGAAGGGAGGAAAAAGUAUUUGUCACCCUACAUGGAGUAGGCUGUCCUAUAAGGUGUACUUGACAUUACUUUUCUGUACUAGCAUUGUUGCCCCAGGGGUCAUAAUUGGGUAUUUGUAUAUUAGAUUGGCAAGAACUUACUGGAUAUCUCAGACAGCAUCCUUUAAGCAGACAAAAAGACUGCCCAAUCAGAAAGUGCUAUAUUUGAUAUUUACAAUAGUUUUGGUCUUCUGGGCUUGUUUCUUACCUUUCUGGAUUUGGCAACUAAUUGACCAACAUUAUGAAUCUUUUCCAGUAUCAUCUAAAGCAAAAAGGAACAUCAAUUAUUUGACCACUUGCUUGACCUAUAGCAACAGUUGCAUUAAUCCAUUUCUGUACACUUUACUGACCAAAAACUACAAGGAAUACCUAAAGAACAGACAGAGGGCAUGGAACAGUAGUGGGUAUUUUAACAGAAGAAGUAGGUCUCAGCGGACAUCUAGGAGAUCAUUGUCUUCAAGUAGCCAGUACUGUACUGAAACAUUUAUGCUUGCUAAUGUCUCAGAGGCAAACAACUCUAUUUAAAGUAAAUUUAGUGCUGUGUCAAACAAAUGACGCAAAACAUGAGUAUCUUUGUCACACUGCAUGCAAAACUUAUUGUAUUGUAAUAAUUUUCAUAAAAAUAGAUGAUGAAGGACUACAUAUAGACAUACCAUUCUAGGUCUGCCAUAUUUUAAAUAUGUUCUCAAAAGACAACAGACUUCAUCCAUAUGAGCACUUUACCUUAUGCACAGCAUUAAUAUUUAGUUAAUUUGGGUCUGACAGCUCUUAUCUUCACUUAGCCUUCAGCUAUCACAGUUCAGAGAGUAUGAUAAUUUCACAAAAAAGACAAGCUUGUUUUAUACUUUUAUAAGGGAUUAUGCUCUAGGAGAUUUGCAUUGUUUUCUCAUUUAUUACAACACAAUGAACAACUUUUACUGUUGUGAAAUAUGACAAAGGUGAAAUAACUAUGGACUUAAAAUUGAUACAUAUGUUGUACAUUUGACAUACCUUGCUAUAUUCUCUGUCAGUCCUGUAAAUGUUAUUAGCACGUAAUAGUAAAUAUACUUGCAUGAAAAAAGAAAAUGUCAUAUAAAGCAUAUGUGAUAACUGACCAAAAUUCAUCUGCUUCUUUUUUUUUAAAACUGCAAGGGAACACUUAAAUGCAGUGUGAACGAAUCUAAUUAAUAAGCAAAAACAUUACCUAUGAACAUAGUUAUAGAGUGAGUAAUAUUCAUGCAAGUGCUGGAAUUUAUUCAGGCUUGUGCAUGAACUGCUUAUAAAUUCAUUCCAUGCAUAAAGGAGCAAAUUGUUUUUUUCAGUUUACAAUGAAAUAAUUCAUCAGAGCAUCAAAUCAAAUACUGUAAGUAUUUUAUCAAUAUGUUCUUGCCCUGGAAAAGUCCAUUAUAUAAGUGCAUUUUGUUUCCAAAUACAGCUAAGGCUGUAUACAGUAGUCCAGUCCAUGUCUUAGUAAUGUUAGUGCAAAUGCUGAUAGAAGCAGAGAAGAGCCCUGUCUGUUAAUCUGUGGUAAUUUUAUACUGUUGUCACUGCCAGUACAACAAUAGACAGUAGUAUUGCAUGUGAAACAUGCAGUCAACAUAACUGCAUUUCCAGCAGUGCAGCACCACCACAAGCACACAUGUGGACUAAGACAGAUAGCUGCAUUAAUGAGCACGGGUACACACACACACACACACACACAAAAUACAAACACACACACACUCCUUUAUAGCAUUUAUUUCUAGAAUGCAGUCCACAUAAGUGCAUUUCAGCAGUGCAGCCCACCCCCUGUUCACACUGACAUACUGGCACAUGCACACAGCUGUAAUUUCAACACAAGCAAAUAUAACUGCAUUUCAGUAUCGUAGGCAUACUACACACAUAAAUACAGACAUACACUCGAAAGUGCACACACGCACACACACACACACACACACACACACACACACACACACACACACACACACACACAGUUAUAGUGUUUAAGAAUUGCCUCAGGAUUUAACAUGGAUCAUUAGAUUUAAGGCUGGCAUUACAUCUUUUUGCUUUUUAAACCUAAACUUAUUAGUUUCCUACUUAUACUGCACUUGCAUUGUAAGUCAGUGGUAAAUAUAGUACCAGUAACAUGUAUAUGAAGAGGUAUGAUUGUAAUGUUUUACAAUGUCUAUGUAUAAGUGUGUAAACAUAUAAAUGUAUGGGUUGCUGAAAACUGAUCAAGAGUUCCAAUUAUUAAAGAGAAAAACAGCAGGAACAGCUGAUCAAAAAUCAGCUGAUUGCAUUUACUGGCUAGAAAUUUACCCUUUCUCUGCUGUAUUGCUAUCUCAGAGUUGAUAUAUAUAACUAACAGGAGAGUGGGAUGGGAGCACAGGGUGCAAAACGUUAAAUUUUUUUUCUGUGUUUUCAUCUGUUGAUCACUUGCCGUUUGAUAGGUUGAUCAGGCUGACAUUUAAAUAUGUGGCACACAUC